AUGGUCUUCUUGUCAGAUGUCUACCGCGAGCCAAGUGAUCUUGACGAAGCAAGACUUCUUCGAGAUAUUGCGUAUAGCAGGUGGUUCACAAGAGGCUGGACGCUGCAAGAGCUCCUCGCGCCCAACACGAUCGUAUUCUUUGACUGUCGUUGGAGCUUCCUGGGAAAUGCUAGGGACAAACAUAUGACAGAAGCAAUCAUCAAGGCCACAAAUAUCGAGAAUAUAUUUUUAACAGACCCCAAGCAUUGUAGCGUCGCAGCAAGAAUGUCUUGGGCAGCGCAUAGGUCUACGACUCGCACUGAAGACAUUGCCUACUGCCUGCUCGGCCUACUCGAUGUCUCGAUGCCACUUUUAUACGGCGAAGGAUCAAAGGCGUUUCGCCGGCUUCAAGAAGAGAUCAUUCGAUCCUCAAAUGACGAGUCCAUAUUUGCCUGGGCAAGCGAUCGCGAGCGGUUUGACGAUUCAGUCUCUUACGAUGGCAUACUAGCUUCAUCACCUGCAGACUUUGUUUAUUCAGUUGACAUCGUUCCCUGCCAUCCUCCAAGACCUCGGCCAAUGCCAUAUUCGAUCACCAACUAUGGACUUGAGAUCGACCUGACCUAUCAGCGAGAUGGUGGGCCGUACGAAGACCCAUCCUCUCGCGACAUACCUGGCUGGACCCAUUGGACGGUCCCUCUCGCCUGUAGAGCUGAGAAGGAUGCCGGGUUGACAGGUUACUUUAGAAUUCGAUUGGGCAUGGCAUCGCCACAGAUCUUCUCCAACGAUUCACAAGGCUCUAUGAUCUUCAGGCGAAACCCGCACUCAAUCACCUUUUUCAAACGAGGCGAGGUUGAGAGCCAGGACUUUCCCUCAAGAAAGUUUCAUAUCCAGCUGUCUCUGUGA